AUGCCACGGGCGUUGGAAGUGGUGGCGCAUCUAAUCUCUGAAGGAAAAGCACAUGAUAUAAUCGUAAUGGCUGGCGCGGGCAUCAGUACAGCUAGUGGCAUUCCGGAUUUCAGGUCACCAAAAACAGGACUCUACGCAAAUCUCAAAAAAUACAAACUACCUUAUCCAGAAGCAAUAUUCGAUAUUAACUAUUUUAAGAUUCGACCCUCAGCCUUUUACGCACUCGCCAAAGAAUUGUAUCCCACAGGAAAAUAUCGGCCGAACAUUGCUCAUUAUUUUUUCAGACUCCUCAACCAGAAGCGUCUGCUCAGACGCGUGUAUACUCAAAACAUUGAUGGUCUAGAAAGAGUCGCUGGAAUCCCCGCAAGCAAGUUGGUUGAAGCUCAUGGAACAUUUGCCACUGCACAGUGUCUAAAAUGCGAAAAAUCAAUCCCCGCGAGGAUGGUCAAGGCAGCAAUCGACAGAGGAAAGGUGGCACGGUGUUACCGUUGCAGGGGUCUGGUGAAACCAGAUAUUGUCUUCUACAACGAGGACCUUCCGGCAAAGUUCUGGCGCUAUCGAGAGGACAUUCCAAAGGGUGACCUGAUUAUUGUAAUGGGCACCUCUCUGGAGGUUCAGCCCUUUUCGAAGUUAAUCGUUGCCACCCACUCUAAUACACCCCGUGUGCUCUUCAAUAAGCACAUCGUCGGACCGUUUAAGACCCGUCGUAGGCCCAAGGAUUUUGUUGCUCUUGGCGAUAUAAGCACACUUAUUCGCGAGUUGUGCGCAUUACUUGAAUGGACCGACGAACUGGAAGAUCUAAUGAAGGACGCCGAAUUGAGACGCAUUGACUAUAUUGGCCUAAGUCCCCUCAAUGUAAAUGCCAUGUUACGGCUUCAAAAUGAGCACCGCCGACGCAACGAGUCCAGAAUCGUCAGAAACAGCUGUCAAACCACACCCACUAUCUCCUCCUUUUUGCCCAAUGUCUGUCUCGAUGAAGAGAUGGAAAUGCGAGCUUGCAUGGCCUCCUCUGGGGUCGCGCGUUUCCCUGUGCCAGUUGGUGAUGAUAAAAACCAGAAACUUCCUAGUAUUGUCCUCGAAUAUCACAGAACUGAGCGGAUGAAAAUGCCCUAUCCACCACAUCGUCGUCGGGGGAUAUCCGUGCCUCCAAUUCGUUGUGGUGUCGAAGAAAGCGGGGAAGGAGGACAAAUGGAUGAAGAUCUGAAGGAAGAAACUUUAAAAAAGGUGAAAAAAGGAACUGUUUUGCUUCCAAAACGACUCUCUGAGAUGCAUAUCACCACGGACGCGGAUGAACAGAAUUAG